GCGUCCCUUUAGGUUUUUGGAGGUGAGCCUGCCGGCGGCAACGGCCUAGCGCCAGGGGCGGAGCGCGAGGAACUGGAGGGACGCUGCGGAGCUCUGAGACCCGCUGAGCAUCAUGGAGAGCUCUGAGGAGCAACCAGGCCCACAGCCACAGUAUCCCGGGAAUCACUGCAUCCGCGACGGCGACUUCGUGGUGCUGAAACGGGAAGAUGUGUUUAAAGCAGUGCAAGUCCAGCGGAGAAAGAAAGUAACUUUUGAAAAACAGUGGUUCUAUCUGGAUAACGUCAUUGGCCAUAGUUAUGGAACCACAUUUGAAGUGACCAAUGGAGGAAGUCUUCAGCCUAAGAAGAAGAAAGAAGAGCCUACUUCAGAAACCAAAGAAGCGGGCACUGAUAAUCGAAAUAUAAUUGAUGAUGGAAAAUCUCAGAAACUUACUCAAGAUGACAUAAAAGCUUUAAAGGAUAAAGGCAUUAAAGGCGAGGAAAUAGUUCAGCAGUUAAUUGAAAAUAGUACAACAUUUCGAGACAAGACAGAAUUUGCUCAAGAUAAAUAUAUAAAAAAGAAGAAAAAGAAAUAUGAAGCCAUGAUUACUGUUGUGAAGCCGUCCACCCGUAUUCUUUCAGUUAUGUAUUAUGCAAGAGAACCUGGAAAAAUUAACCACAUGAGAUAUGAUACACUUGCCCAGAUGUUGACAUUGGGAAAUAUCCGUGCUGGCAAUAAAAUGAUUGUGAUGGAGACGUGUGCCGGCUUGGUGCUGGGUGCAAUGAUGGAACGAAUGGGAGGUUUUGGCUCCAUUAUUCAGCUGUACCCUGGAGGUGGACCUGUUCGGGCAGCAACAGCAUGUUUUGGUUUUCCAAAAUCUUUCCUCAGUGGUCUUUAUGAAUUCCCCCUCAACAAAGUGGACAGUCUCUUAAAUGGAACAUUUUCUGCUGAGAUGUUGUCUUCAGAGCCGAAAGACAAUGCUUCAGUUGAAGAAAGUAACGGCACGCUGGAGGAAAAACAGACUUCUGAACAAGAGAAUGAAGAUAGCGUAGCAGAGGCCCCAGAGAGCAAUCACCCAGAAGAACAAGAAAGAAUGGAAAUUGUCUCUCAAGAUCCAGACUAUAAGGAGCCUAAAGACAGUGGAAGUAAAAAGGAUUAUAUUCAGGAAAAGCAGAGGAGGCAAGAAGAGCAGAAGAAAAGACAUUUAGAGGCUGCUGCUCUGCUGAGUGAAAGAAAUGCAGAUGGGUUAAUUGUAGCUAGUCGUUUCCAUCCCACUCCACUGCUGCUGUCUUUGCUGGACUUUGUGGCUCCUUCAAGGCCAUUUGUGGUCUACUGUCAGUAUAAAGAGCCUCUGUUGGAGUGCUACACAAAACUUCGGGAAAGAGGAGGGGUCAUCAACCUCAGGCUGUCUGAAACUUGGCUCAGAAAUUACCAGGUUUUGCCAGAUCGAAGUCAUCCCAAACUACUGAUGAGCGGAGGUGGAGGGUACCUUCUCUCAGGCUUCACUGUUGCCAUGGACAACCUUAAAGCAGACCCCAGUCUCAAAUCUAGCACCAGCACUUUAGAAUCUCACAAGACUGAAGAGCCAGCAGCUAAAAAACGGAAAUGCCCAGAAUCUGACUCUUAACCUUUUAAAAAUUGCUUUGAUUUUUGUUCUCAGACAUUAUACAGUUAGUAAGUAAACCUUAAAUGCCAUUACUAAUUGUGUUUUCAUAUCCUAAGAAUAAGAACGUGUUUAUACACCUGUUCCCAGGAAGGACAAGUAAGCCUUUUGUCCACCUCUGACAUAGCUAGGUUUGGACUGUCAAAACCUUGAGCCAAAAUACCUAAACCUGGGGUAAGCAGUGGUCUGGUAUAUGGCCAAUUCUGUUUAUUUCACAAAAAUCCUUUAAGUACUUUCAGUACUCUGUGCAAAUUUCUUGAGAAUUUAGAGAUAAAAGAAAUAUAUUUAUACAAAAUUUUGUUUAUAGGUUAAGCUAAGUGGAAUAACACACCAUCAGUGAAACUUGGGUACUAUAAAGAAGGAGUUUGUGCAAGAAAUUUCCUCUCUUCAUUAUGUUCUCUUCAACCUAAGCAAUAUGAAUGUGUGUGAGAUUUACAGUACCAAAAAUGUCCAUCCUUUUCCUUUCAAUGGAAUAAACUUUUAAAAAAUA